AUGAGUGAGGCUCACUUGAUAAUAGAAGCAGCUAAGUUUAAAUCUGCUAAUGAAUUAGCUAAGGCAGCCGCCAUCUAUGCGGAAUUAUUGGAUCAAAAUUUUGAUGACCCAAACCCUGAUCAUUUAUUUCUCCUGGCUGAUAACUUAUAUAAGAUGGCAAUCCAAAAUAAUGACCUCUUGAUGGGCGGAGGUGAUGAGGAAUCUGACGAGGGUUCGGAGUCUGAUACGAAUAAUGGCGCAGGUAAUAUAUUUCAACAACAUGACGAGGAAGAGGAAGAGGAGGAAGAAUCUGAUGACGAUGAGAAUACAAAACCUGCAAUGAAUCCAAUCUUGUACCAAUUUGAUCAAGAAGAGGAAGAUUUAUCUAACGGAGAUAGUGAUUACGAUGAAAGUGAACAUGAUGAUGUUGUUGAUGUGAAUGACGACGAAUCGUCUGAUGAAGAACAGGAGGAUGACAUGCCAGCAACUGCCGAAUUGCAAAGUUUCAAAGAGUUCCUGGAAGGAGAUUUAAACGCAAAUGCUCUUGAUUUAUUAUUGCGAGCACAUGAUCUGUAUCUUGGAUCAUCAAUCGACCAUAAAGAAUUACCUGAAAAGCGCAAGUUAAAGAUCGCCGAAUUAUUAAGUUUAACUGGUGAUAUCUAUCAAGAAUUCGAAGAAUUCGACAUGGCUUUGAAGAAUUAUAAGUAUUCUUUGGAAUUUUACGAGAAAUGUAAGGAUACUACCGUUCAAGAAAUAAUAAAAAUAAAUUGGAAGAUAUUUGGUGCGUUAAAAUGGUUGGACAACUCAGAGGAAGAUAAGAUGAAACAGCUAAAAAAGGUAGAGUCUAUUAUCAAAAAGCAUGGUAAUGGACCACAGGCAGGCUUGACAGAAUUUUUACAACUGAUUGAGGAAGAGAUGAAUGAAAUCAAGGCAGACUCCGAAAUGAAGAAAACGGGACCAUCUAACAAGAGGAAUCCAAUCCAAGCCGGAUUUGAUUUGCCGUCUAAUACUACAUCUGGGAAGGUAAACGACUUGUCAGUGCUGGUCAAAAAGAAGAAAUCUAAGAAUGGAUAA